AUGGAAAAGCAAGAAGGCGAAUCGCCGAAACAGACCUCAGCUUCAACAUUGUUAUUCUCCAAGGGAACAUCGCUGCCUUCUAAGGCGACCGCAUUCCGUGAACAUCAUUCAAUCAGCAACGAUGAACCUUCGCCGAGUAUUUCUUCCCAAGCGGAAACGCCAAGUGCGCCGGUCGGAGCAUUCCGCUUCUCUUCUGGAUUACUAAAUAGCGACUUGAUUCGUUCACUAGCCAUCCAGAAACCUUCGUCACCUCAACAAGAUAUUUCUGGCACAUUGUUGUUGUCCGAUUGGGUCGGACAUCGAAUAUUAGCACGGGUUCCACCUGGUGUAUAUCAGCCGGGUUUCAUUAAGUGUGCCACCAGUAACAAAGACGUUAUUGUUCAGUUCGACGAUGGGAGGGAGGCCAAAUAUGACGAUAUUGUAAGCGAAAAUAACUGGACGCUGAUAAUCGCUGACCAAGCUCCAAUUCCAGUAGAGAUAAAGCCAAAAUCUAUUGUAUGCGUUCGAUUGCCUCUCGAAAAAGCUGAGUCAUUUUUUCGAACUGCUGAAUUGCUAUCAUCGGGCGGUAACCCUUCAAAAUAUGUGGUACGAGUGACCAAUGCUGAAUGCAGUAGUAGUGUUUCGAGAGCCAAUCUUCGAUUACUGAGACCCCCUUGGUUCGAAGAACUGACCCAAAUUGCACUUAUGGAGGAAAAACGACGGAACCGCAGCGUCCAAACGUCAAAUGGACCAACGUCAUCGAGCGUCCUUCCUUCUCCAAUCGCACCAAACGGGAAUCCACCAACUGGUCCAACUCAUUAUGUUGAUAAUAUAUUAAUGAUGGCAUUUCAACAACAACAACAGCGUUUACAACAAUACCAGCAAUUACAGACACCGAGCACUUCAAUCAAAUCUAACAAUCCUGGGGUCUGCUCAAAAAAGUCAUCUGGAGUCGGUAGUGUGGAUUCGGACGAGGAGCAGCAGAGCACAUCCCAACCCGCUACUAGUGAGCAAUCUGCCACAACUUCCGCAGCACCACGAGCUGGUCUAUUGAACCCAUCGCAAGAUUCUGGUAUUUUUGAAGACACCGAACCUUCCAAUUCGAGCAUGUUUCCCCCAAUAUCCGUUCCGCCUAUGUGUACAUCGAAGACGUUGCUGGAUCAACAGCGGUACAAGAAGGGAGAGAUAGUAACAACGCAAUGUGGAAUACGAAAGAAAUUCAACGGCAAACAAUGGAGACGGUUGUGUUCUAAAGAAGGAUGUAACAAGGAAUCUCAACGACGAGGGUAUUGCUCGAGACAUUUGUCUAUGAAAAACAAGCCACCACACGGCCAUCAUCUUGAGCGACAUUCACCGGGUAUAAGCGCCACUGGAGAGUCUCGUUCCAAUAUGGGCAGCAAUCCAACCAAUCCACUUCUUGGUCUUCUCCCCAACAAUAACUUAUUGCUACACCCAGAAACCGGCAACUUGAUAUCAAACUCGGCGCCACCGAACAUUUCAACGUCGGCAUUCCAAUCAAAGUUCAAUCCGCUCUCAGCGGCUCCGCUUGCUGGUGGUGACGAUUCAGUUGGGAUCAACGCACAGUUUCCGGUGGAUCGUGUUCAUAUCCAGCGUUUGAUGCAAUUGAACCAGCUUCAACAAGUUUUGCCGCACCUAAUGCAAGUUCCGUUGGGUCGUCGACGAUUGGAUGAAAUGCCAGCAAUCACCACGUCAGGAAAUGUGUUCUGCCCACAACUUCCGCUGUCAAACCCGAACAUUUUCAACCUGAACCCAUCACUUCUUCAGCACCUGACGGCACCAAUUAUUCAGCAACAGGCGCAACUCCUUCAGCAACAUCUAGCCACCCAAAAUCACACUGCAAACAACAAUAACGUUAAAGAUGUAAAAGUAAAAAAAGAGGAAGAGGAUGAGGAUGAAGAUCAGGAAGAAGAGGAUGAUGAUUCUGAUGAGGUCAGCGUUUGCCAGAAGACUGAGGAGCACUCCGAUGAUGACGACGACCUUGACGGUAAUUCGAGAGGUGGCGGUGUUGGUGGAGGAACUUCUGGAACUGGUGGCGACGCAGGAGCGCCAUCAUCGUCAGGCUCAUCAAAUCCCAACGGGUCUAGUUCAAGUUUUCAAAUUAAUGGUGGUGAUUCGAACGGAAGCGGUGAAGGACCCCUGCCGUCUGAACGCAAAGGUUAUCAUCAACAAUCCAUCGAAAUGGAAGCAGGUAAUCUUAUGUCUGACCAACUAUCUAUUGAAACUAGCGAGCUGAGAAUUCCGUCUGCUCCAUCAGAGAUGUCAAUUCCAUCAACUACUAGUGCUGGUUCUUUCUACCGCUCACCAGAUAUGCAAAUUAAAACUGAGCCAAUGGAGUUCGAACGCGCAACGAGUACAACAGUUGCCGAAGUGUUGAACAUGAAAGAUAAGAAGAAGAAUCCGGAUCAUAUCCGUCGUCCAAUGAACGCGUUCAUGAUAUUCUCAAAGAGACAUCGCCCCAUGGUUCAUUUGAAAUUUCCGAAUUGCGAUAAUCGCACGGUGUCCAAGAUUCUUGGAGAGUGGUGGUAUUCGAUUCCACCGGAUCUCAAAGCUGAAUAUCAUGUGCUUGCUUCUCAAGUCAAAGAAGCUCAUAUCAAGGCACAUCCCGAUUGGAAAUGGAGCAACCAGCCAAGAAAGAGCAAGACGGUAUCCAAUUCCCCGGCUUCGACUCAUGCAAAGUCGCAGGUCUUCGAUUUCGACUUCCAGGUUGCUGAUGAACUUGCCAAGUCGUGUGCCGAAGGCCUGACGGUUUUGACCCCAAAUACGCCAAUUUCGCCGUCAAUGCAAACUUCCACUCCCAGCAUUGCACCAUCACCAAUGGUGUUCACGCCGACUCCGCUUACAUUGGAUUACGAGUUCAACAAAAAACAAUUGCUCUUAUCGCAAUUCACCAACUUAUUCUGCAAUCAGUUGUUUGCUGCCGGCAUGAUGAACACGCAACCGUUCCAAUUUGCAACGCCGACUCUUUCCGAUCAAUUCCUUUCAUUUCCUCCAGGACUUGCUCCAGUGAGGGCGGAAUUGAACUCAUCGAGUCUUUUGCCUCAAAUUCAGCAACAGCUUGAAAGCGUUUCAUUCAAUGACAAGGCUGCAAAACAACCUGAUCCGGUUUUGAAACCAAACGCUUUCACAAGCCCACCAUCUCAGGAAUUCGUUUUGGCUCCAACGCCAGCUCAGCUUGGAUUGAAAAAAGGAAGAAAGAGAACGCUUGAAACAACUGAGGAGCCAAGUGCUUCGAAGCUUUUCAAAAGGCAGGAUGAUCAGAUGAAUAAGCUUCUUGAUGGUGUUGGAUUCGCUCAAAAGUUUGCUCAGCUUCCGGAGUUUGCUCCAUCAACAAUUCCGACCCAACCAAAACCACGUCAAAAUGAAACAAUCGCGUCAUCGCCAGUUUUGCCAUCUCCAUUCAACGCGCAAACCUCAUUCUUCAGUUCGACAUUCAACUCAGCUGAUCAGUUUGGUUCUCCUGAAAGACAUACUAACACUGUACAAUGUCGCUCUGAAAAAUCAGCUGGAAAACGAUUGCUGGAAGAGCGCCGGCGUCUUGUUUCCCAAUUUCUUACCGAAGCUGGAUUGUUUCCAACUACCGAGCAGACGAUCUUCUUCCAAGAGACUCAUCAAAACGUGUUCCCAACGAGAAAUUCGUUGGUUCUGAAAAUUCGCGAAGUGCGCCAGCGUCUGAUGGCAAACACCGAUGGACUCCUUUUAGAUGAGAAAUGUGGCCCAUUUCUUGCCAAAAUGAUUGCCGCCAUGUACGAAAAGUAUCCAAUCAGUGAAGAACUCGAAACUCUCAACCCAACUGAUUACUCCAGCAUUGCCGUCUAA